AUUCCGCCCCUUUAUAAAAUCCCCACCACUCUCCUUCAACAACCAAGGAGGAGCAGCCGCCUCCAUUAACAUCACUACCACCAACUGGAAACACACACAAAUCGAUCAAUCAUGCUGCUGAGGAGCGCGUCGUCCCCAAUUUUGAAUUCAUGGCUUCCCAGCAAUUCAACAACCGGAUCCGGGUCCGGAUCCUCGCCGGAGCCGGAAUCCCUGCCACAGCUUACGAGGACACGGUCCUUCUCCAUGUCCAUGUCCUCCGAGGAAGGGAUCGGCCGGGUCACGCCAACCCGGUUCGAGUCUGAUCUCAAGGAUCCGGCGAAGCGCACGCCGCGGGUGCCGAAGCUGGCGCGGGUCCAGGAGCGGAGGGAGAGGCAUGAGGUCGGGCCCAGCGCCAUGUCCACGGUGGGGUAUCUGGAGAGUCAGAGGAAGCCGCAGUCGCUAGUGGUUGGCGGCGGCGUUGGGGGAUGCGGCGGCGGGGGAGUGUGCGGCGGAGGUAGGGGUUCGGAUGAGGGGUCGGGUCCCGGCCGGGAGAGCACAGACGUUUACUAUGAGAUGAUGAUUCAAGCUAAUCCUGGCAAUGCUCUUCUCCUCGCCAAUUAUGCUCGAUUUCUUAAGGAGGUUAGGGGAGAUUUGGUGAAGGCAGAGGAGUAUUGUGGAAGGGCGAUUUUGGCUAAUCCGAGUGAUGGUAAUGUGCUAUCGCUCUACGCGGAUUUAAUAUGGCAGACGCAAAGAGACGCUGUUCGAGCCGAGGCCUAUUUUGAUCAAGCUGUCAAAACUGACCCCAAUGAUUGCUAUGUUCUCGCUUCAUAUGCUCGAUUCUUAUGGGAUGCUGAGGAUGACGAAGAGGAAGAAGAAGAGGAGGAGGAAGCAGUAAACGAUAUGUACGAGAAAAGAAGCAAUCUUCCGUCCAACUUCUUACAAGAGGGAGCUUACUGGCCUCCUAUCACAGCAGCUUCUUAGUAAUAUAGCGACACAACAUCGAAAUAUAGUAGUCAUCAAGUGCCAAGGAGAAAAUUGUGUAACAUUCUUGAAUCUUGAUGAAAUUUUGCUUCUUGGUAUGUUUUCUUGCUCUGUUGUACUGUACAUAUUAAAGAAUAGCAAGAUUCUGACUGUAACAUCUCUCUGUAUGAACAAUGUUCAGGUAUCCAUGUUUCUAAUAUAAGUGGUUUAGCUCCCUUUAAUUUCA